GGGGAACUGGCUCCGUCGUACGUAUGCAAAUCGGCUCCCGAAUAUGGACACGGGGAAUGAAAUAUGGCGGAGAAGGCGAACAUGGAGAAACGAGCACUGAGAGAGCCCCGCCGCGCUGAUUUUGGAGGGUUGUAGAAAGAAGAAGAGGAAAGUGGAUGUACCCCCGGUGGGACUUUUUCCAGCCUCGGUGGAAAGUUUUGUAUCUGCGUUUCUUUUCUCCAGCGCGUCCAGGUCGUUUGGUUGUAAUGCAGUGAGGAGCGACUUUUUCAGGGGGAUAAAAGCAGGGCAGGGGGCUGCAGCCCUCUCACCGUCUCGACGCUAUGCCGUGGGUCAGCGGCGGAAAGCGGAGAGAGAGCUCGGAACUGCCGCUGCCCGCGGGCUGGGAGGAAGCCCGGGAUUACGAUGGCAGAGUGUUUUUCAUCGACCACAACACCCGGCAAACUUCAUGGAUUGACCCCAGAGAUAGGAUCACCAAACCGCUGACGUUUGCCGACUGUGUUGGAGAUGAGCUGCCUCUCGGGUGGGAGGAAGUUUAUGACCAACAAGUGGGAGUUUACUACAUUGACCACAUUAACAAGACCACCCAGAUUGAGAACCCGCGGACUCAAUGGCGGCAGGAGCAGGAGCACAUGCUGAAGGAGUACCUUGUGGUGGCCCAGGAGGCCCUCAAAGCCAAGAAGGAGAUAUACCUGGUCAAGCAACAGCGACUGGAGCUGGCUCAGCAGGAAAUGAUGCUCUUCCAUGAGCUCUCUGAGGACAAUCGCUCCAUCACCAGCACGGUCUCUGGCUCCUCCUCAAACGCGAAAUACGACCCUGACCAAAUCAAAAUGGAAAUAGCCUGUAGACGAGAGCGGCUCUCCCGACUGAAGCAGGAGCUGGCCCAGGUGAAGCAGGAGCUGCAGUAUAAGGAAAUGGGAGUGGAGACCCUGCAGGAGAUUGACAGAAAGAUGUCCUCCAGUCAGACAAACUACAAGCUGGACGAGGCUCAAGCCAUCUUCAACGAACUGCGUAGCAUCAAGAAGGCCAUCAGCACAGGCGAGAAGGAGAGGCAGGACCUCAUCCAGAGCCUGGCUAAGCUGACUGUUAACUUCCAAAGCAGCUUGUCGGUGAGCGAUUCGGCCAGCGAGAUGGCGAACAGCACUGGGACCGUGGGUGACAAUCUGCAGCAGUACUGUGACACUGGCUGUCAGACUGACAUCAUGGGGGAGUAUGUUUCCCAAGACUCCUCAUAUUUGGUGGACAAAGUGAAACUGAACUGGCAGUACGAGGAAGCCAAGAAAAAGGUGCAGAGCAUACAGCACCAGCUAGCACAGCUGGACAGUGAGAGCUGGUCGGGGCGGGCCGAGGCAGACCGCGACCGGGACUUCUUGCAACUCCUGCGCGAGAAGGAGGCCCUCCUGCAGGAGAUCAUUCAUGUCAGCAAGCAGCAGCACCUGCCGGAGAAGCUGCUGGAGCUGGAGGAGGAGCGCUCCAGGCUGGAGGAGGAGGUGCAGAGGGCACAGAGCUCCCAAAGCCAGGGAGCCAAUCAGAGGAUCCUGCAGCAGGAGAAGAGGAAUGUUCUGCUGAGACAGCUGGAGGAGGCAACACGCAUCACCACCUACCUUCACUCCCAGCUGAAAAGCCUGUCGGCCAGUUCUCUGACCGUGUCGUCCAGCAGCAGCCGCGGCUCUUUAGCCUCCAGCCGGGGUUCCCUGGCGUCCAGCCGAGGCUCCCUCAGCUCCAUCAGUUUCAGUGACAUCUACGGUCUCCCCCAAUAUGAGCGCCACGAGGGCGCUGGAGAGCCCCUUGAGCCUCACCUCCGUUACCUGCUUCCCCCAGAGACCGUCUCAAGCGGCUCCUCCAUGUUUACCCCCGACCCUCUGACCCAGAGCAAAACCAAACGCUCCCACGACACCCCGCAGUCCCUGGCUUCGCUGUCCUCCCGCUCCUCGCUCUCCUCCCUGUCACCGCCCAGCUCGCCAAUGGACACGCCCUACCACUCUGCCCCUCAGGACUGUCCCCUCACCCAGAUGACGGAGGAAUACAUGGAGCAGGCGGGCCGCGGUAUUUUAGAGGGGCUGCGGGCGCAGUCACAAACCCUAUCACACACCUCCAUGAUAAGCAGUGAGGAAACGGUCAGCCCGGCCGCUGUGCAUCAACUGGAUAACAAGAUUCACAGAGACAGUGGGGCUCAGGCGGCUUUCACCUCCACAGGAGUUACUCUGAGGGGAAACAGUGCCAACAGAAGUGGCAGGAGAGCCAGGAGAGUCUCUGCAGGUGUUUCUGAGGAUGCUCUGGCCACCGACAGCGGGGUGUUUGAGGCCUGGGGCAGAAGGGCGGAGGAGUUUGAUGAGAUGUCAUACAUGAAAGAGCUGACGUCUGCGAGCGAGCCCACCCAGAUCCAACUGGGACUGCUGUGGGAGUCCAGUUCUCAGUCUCUGCGACUGCAUCUGUUACAAGUCAAAAAUUUAAAUAGGUCAAUUGUGAGAGACGGCUAUAAAGUGUAUGUGAAGGUGCACCUGAUUUCACUGGACGGCAGCAGGGCCUGUGCGUUUUACUGUUGUACAGCAUUGGAGCCACAAUCCCAGAUGACUUUCAACGAAGGCUUCCGCAUUCCUGUCCCAGCAAACGCCCUGGCGGUGUGCGUUCUGCAGCUGUCUGUCUGCUCACUGGGACCUCAGGCUCAGGAAGAGCUGCUGGGUAAAGCCCAGGUGAGCCUGGCAGAUUGUGAGGGGAGCCCAGAGAUGGUUUACCACUGGCUGCGAGUGCAGAUGUUGAAUGGGACAGAGUCACAAAGGCCUGAACAGAGGAACGUCAUCCAACGCAGACACCAGGAUGGCCAGGUUGACGAACAAAGGCCCGGAGCCAUGGACACUGCAUGCAAUCUGCUGUCACGCAACACCCCCACCCACCUGGAGGAGCGGGAGAAGAAGGACGAGCCUGGGGAGGCAGCGUCGGAAAGGAGUUGGCAGGCGGAGUCAGUGGACAGCGGCUGCAGCAACAGCAUUGCAUUCGCCGCUCCCUGCUCAGAGGGCCUGUGUGCAGAGGGAAUCUGCAUCACCACCGGAGGACGCUGUGACCAGACAGUCUGCAAACCCUCAACAAUCAAGGUAGAAAAGGCGACCAUGACAGAAGGCAUGUUCCCGGAGCCGGUGCGAGUCCGACCUAAAGAGCGGGGAGGCCGCUGGGGUCACGCCUCGCCGUUCAUGCGUGGUAGCACCAUCGUUCGCUCCCAGACCUUCUCACCGGGCGCUCGGAAUCAGUACGUGUGCAGGCUGUAUCGCAGUGACAGUGACAGCUCAACUCUACCAAAGAAGUCGCCUUUUGUUAGAAACACAUUGGAAAGAAGAACACUGCGAUAUAAGCAGCAGUCGUACCGCUCCCCCCUGGCCGAGCAGCCGACGCGCACCUCCCUGGACCUGGAGCUGGAUCUCCAGGCCUGCAGGACCCGUCAGAGGCAGCUGAUGGAGGAGCUGAGCGCCCUGAGAGAGCUGAAGCUGCGACUGGAGGAGCCGCAGACCAGGGAGGCCACCGAGCUCCCCAACUGGGCGCUGAGGGACGAGCGCUUUCGAUGCCUGCUCAGAGAGGCCCAGAGACAGGCCAACCAAAGCAAGCAGGAGCAACGUCAGGAAGAGGCGGCAGAGAGGAGGCUGAGGAAGGCCUCUAAGGAGGUUCUACAGAUGAGAGGGCAGAGCCAGAAGGAGCCGCUGCCGGUGCAGACGUUCAGAGAGAAGAUGGCUUUUUUCACAAGACCAAGGUUCAACAUACCUCCUUUGCCGGCUGACGAUGUAUGAGAGCUCGUCUCUGUGUUAUGUGACUAAACAUGAAGUAUUUGUGCCUUUUUUUUUUUUUUGCUUUUUUUUUUUUUUUUUUUUGAGCUCAUGAAGUACCAAGAUUUCUUCUAAGGCCACAGGCGACGUGACCAGCAGACUAUGAAGACUCAAAGCUCAAAGGUUUCACAUUUUCAGAAACAUUUGUGUGAUUAUUGUAAACACAAACACAUUAAAGAUGCACAGUUAUCGACGACAGCGCGGCUGCUCGUUUCUUUUUUGAGGAAAGUGACUUUCGAACAAUCUCCCUCUCUGCUCCUGUAUGACUAUCUUCUGUUUGUGCUUACAAAAGGCUGGAAGACGGGAACAAAAGUCAGUUUGAACAAAUUCACUGUACUGUAACUUAUUUUAUAGUACUUUUCCUUGAAGGAAAUAAAAAAGAACUCUUCCUGCUUUUUUUAAGUGUAUUUUGUAGCUUUGAACAAAUAGCACUUCAGUGUUUUUACAUACAGUAAAAUUGAAUUAUUGUCUGAUUUGUCUCCUAAUUCUUAAGAGUUAUUUGCAUAAAAAGUCACUUUGUAAUCCACUUUUGUUACAGAUGUCAUUGUCCUUUUAUUGUUAUUAAAAUUAAUAUUAUUUCAUGUA